AGCAGUUUGUGAGAUUUAAAUUGAUUUUGUAUUUUGUAUAAAGCGAAUAUUAAUUUGUAACUUUUAAUUGUCUUCAACAAAAAAAUGGCUCUUGAAGCAUAUUUAGGAUUACAUCCAAACGAACGAUUUAGUAUUGAUCGAAAACGUUUACAAUUGCCUAAUUAUGAAAAAGUUAUCGAUGAAGAUCAUCAUCAAAUUUGUCUGUCCAUACCACGAGAUCCAAUGAAUCUAUAUUCAGAUUCGGCUAGAAAAAUUGCUUUGAAAUUUAACAAAGGUACAACAACAUUGGCAUUUGUGUACAAAGGUGGUGUGGUUGUAUGUGCCGAUUCACGGGCUACCGGUGGUCAAUACAUAUCCACUCAAGAAUGUAAGAAAAUUAUUAAAAUCAAUGAUUUUCUUCUUGGUACAAUGGCCGGUGGUGCUGCCGAUUGUAUGUAUUGGCAACGUGUUCUAUCCAAAGAAUGUCGAUUAUUCGAAUUACGUAACAAGGAACGUAUUUCAGUUGCUGCUGCAUCGAAAAUAUUGGCUAAUAUUUUGUACAGUUACAAAGGAAUGGGCCUUUCUUUGGGUGUAAUGAUUUGCGGCUGGGACAAGGUUCGUGGUCCACAAAUCUUUUACGUCGAUAAUGAUGGUAAUCGUCAACCGGGCAAAUUAUUCAGUGUUGGUUCCGGAUCCACUAUUGCAUAUGGUGUUUUAGAUACAUUCUAUCGACAUGAUAUGAAUGAUGAUGAAGCUUAUGAUUUGGGACGUCGUUCCAUUUUUCAAGCUACACAUCGUGAUUGUGGAUCUGGUGGCAUUGUACGAGUGUAUACGAUUAAUUCAAAUGGAUGGAAAUGUAUUAGCGAAACUGAUAUGAUGCAACUUUAUGAUGAACCAUAUCAUCAGAUAAGACCUGGUCUUGAAAAUAUUUAAGAAAUUUUGAAGAUUGAAUUGUAUGUGUGUGUGUGUGUUUUUUAUUAAUAAAUAAAUAAAAAACAAUCAUCAUUA